GAGAACAGAAGACAUGGCACCCUACACUGCUGCUCUUCCUGCUUGUCACGAUCUGUCUCUGGCUGACAAGAACAGAUGCAAAUUAAGGAAACCUUUGGUAGAGAAGAUACGCCGGGAUCGUAUCAACAGCUGCUUAGACCAGCUCAAGUCUCUGCUGGAGAAGGAGUUCCACAGCCAAGAUCCAAACGCCAAGCUGGAGAAGGCCGACAUCCUGGAUAUGACGGUCAGCUUCCUGAAGCAGCAGGCUGGGCCGGUGCUGAGCCAGAGGGACUUUAACCAGGGCUACUCCAAGUGCUGGAGGGACUCUGUGCAGUUCCUCCGAGUCAGCUCCAGCAGAGGAGCGCCCUUCAGGGACCAUCACAGCCCUCAGAGAGCCCCCCAGGACCUCACCUCUUCCCCUUCCUCCUCCUCCUCUAUCUCGUCCCUCUCAUCUCCUGUCAUCACUACACAGACCUCAGUCGGUGUCCUCCACCAUGCUGGGAGCAAGAGGCCUGUUUGGAGGCCAUGGCAGUGA